AGAGUCUAACCUGCCACUCGCCUUUUCCACUAUCUCUCAACUCAAUCUCAAUUUUCUCCGACCAUACAACCGACAAAUCCGGUUCAGGCGGUACUAAAGAGCAGAAGAAUAUUGAGAUUCAAAGGUCAGUGAUGCCGAUCCCCGAAGCAGACCGUCAACGAGUGGCCAGAGGGAAAUAUCCGACGUCUUCUUCAACUCGACCGGUGGUUCGAGCUAGAAUUCCGCUCCGGCAGCUGUUUCGAGUUGCUUCCGUGGCCUGCGGGAUACAGUUCGGAUGGGCUUUACAGCUUUCUCUCUUGACACCUUACGUUCAAGAGCUAGGUAUACCUCACCAGUGGGCUAGCAUCAUAUGGCUUUGCGGGCCGCUUUCCGGCCUCCUGGUGCAGCCACUGGUAGGCCAUAUGAGCGACCGAUGCACCAGCAAGUUCGGUCGUCGCCGACCUUUUAUUGUUGCUGGUGCAGUUUUGAUUAUCGUUUCCGUUUUGAUCAUCGGUCACUCCGCCGAUAUCGGAUGGUUGCUCGGCGACAACGAAAGCUCUCGUCCAAGAGCUGUAAUAGUGUAUGUUUUCGGGUUUUGGAUUCUGGAUGUUGCUAAUAACACCACUCAAGGACCUUGUAGAGCUCUUCUUGCUGAUCUUACUGGAAAUGACCAUCGAAGAACUCGAGUAGCAAAUGCUUACUUCUCUUUAUUUAUGGCUAUCGGCAAUGUUCUUGGCUAUGCAACAGGAGCAUAUAGUGGUUGGUUUAAGAUUUUUCCAUUUACCUUGACAGCUGCCUGUGAUGUUGACUGUGCGAAUCUUAAGUCUGCUUUCUAUCUAGACAUUAUUUUUAUUGCAAUUACAACAUAUCUAAGUAUUUUAGCUGCUAAGGAAGUACCUCUAGGUUCAGGUGAUAGAUCUACACCCUUUCACGAAGAGGGGCUUGAACAGUCAGGUGGCCAUGCUGAAGAAGCUUUUCUAUGGGAAUUAUUUGGAACAUUUAGAUAUUUCUCAGGACCUGUAUGGAUUAUCUUGUCUGUUACUGUACUGAAUUGGAUAGGAUGGUUCCCUUUUAUUCUCUUUGAUACCGACUGGAUGGGUCGAGAGAUCUAUGGUGGUCAACCAAAUGUGGGGCAGAACUAUAAUGCUGGGGUUAGAAUGGGUGCACUAGGAUUGAUGUUGAAUUCAGUUGUUCUAGGAAUCACUUCAGUGCUUAUGGAGAAGCUUUGUAGCAAAUGGGGUGCUGGUUUUAUCUGGGGAGUUUCCAACAUUCUCAUGGCUCUGUGCUUUCUCUCAAUGCUGAUUCUAUCCUAUGUGGCAAAUCAUAUGGAUUACAUUGGCCAUGGUCUACCCCCAGUUGGCAUUGUGAUUAGUGCACUAGUGAUUUUUUCCAUCCUUGGUGCUCCAUUGGCGAUUACUUAUAGCGUUCCAUAUGCCUUGAUAGCCUCACGUAUUGAGUCAUUGGGCCUUGGCCAAGGAUUAUCAAUGGGUGUCCUAAAUCUUGCUAUUGUCAUUCCACAGGUUGUGGUGUCUCUGGGAAGUGGACCAUGGGAUCAACUAUUUGGUGGUAGAAACUCGCCGGCUUUUGCUGUAGGAGGUGUUGCAGCCCUCACCGGUGGACUUGUAGCAAUCUUGGCUAUCCCUCGAAGCAGUUCACAGAAGCCCCGAGUCCUCCCAUGAGGUAAUUUGUUGCGUCUUAAUUUUUGUUUGCCAUCAACAUGAACAUUAAAUUUGGAUCUUCCCAUGAGGUAUUUUGUUGUACCUUAUUUUUUUCCAUCAACAUAAAUAUUAAAUUUGUUCAUACAGCAAGUAUUUGUAAAUAGAUGUUGCUUUAUUGAAUAAUAAAAUUGUUAUAAUC